AUGCAGUUCCAACCUGUGUGUCCUGUCCAUUUCAUUCGCCCCCAGCAGCUGCAUCCCCGAUUUUGCAUUUUCCGUCCCGGUGGUGUCCCCACACCCCUCAUCGCCAUUGAUGAGCUCCCAUCAUGGCUUCAAAUUUCCAGUCCCUCUCCCGAUACGUACAUCGGUUUGCAACCCGUCUCCCCAAGCUAUAUACCACGGGAAGGUGAAUACGAGGUGACAUGCAUCAACUGCUCGAGCAGUGUGUCUUCCGUCAACCAAAGCAUGUCGGAUCGCAAUGAAGACGUUCAGUCUCCUCAGUCUGCGGUCAGCGCCAACAAGAAUUGCAGUGGUACACCUUGCAACGGCAUGGGGGAGAAUGCGGCGGCGGUUACCAUCCCCAAGUUUCCAAUCGGGUUCAGUAUUGGAAACCCAUCUUUUGAUGCAACGCAACAGAGCCCUGUUAUUGGACUUUAUAGUACCAAUGGGUCGCCACUGGCUCCUCAGAGCAUUCCUUUGCCCGCGUCAACUGUGUCGACUGCGUCGCAGCCAUCGAGCUUUGGAGAAUCGAUCUUGGGUUCUGAAGCAGAACCGAGCAAGUCCGACAGUUCAGAUACCCCGACGACACCUACGGACUCAUCCAAGGGAACAAGCAUCGAUUCUAUCCGAUCCCUCACUGGUGCUGUCGACCAGCUCAGGGAAAAGAAAAGACCGAAGGGAUCGUCUGCGGACUCCUCAAAUGGAACAAGUAUCGCCUCUACCCGGUCCCUUACUGCCGCUGUCGAACGGCUUAGGCAAAAGAUAAAGCUGAAGGGUUCAUCUUGCCAAGCCAGCUUCCAUCGCAAAGUUCACAAAGUAGUCCCGGCCGAUUUCGACGCAGUUUGGCAAAAAAGCCCCAAUUACCACAGAUUGGAAACUGAAUCCCAACGAACGGUCAAACUCUCCCGCCGUCGUCGGACCAGACUCAAGCAGUCUGAGUCGAAGCUCCCAGGCUCUGUCGGUGACAUGAAAGAAGAAGACCCAAAGCUAGACGGUUGGCACAAAAAUCCCAAAUCCCACAGAGUGCACUCUAAAUCCCAGCGAAAUGUCAAACUCCCUCGGAUCAAACUCCAGGGAAGGAAGUCGACGCUUUCGAAUUUUGUCGAGACCAAUUCGUCUACCAAGCGACGUGCUCGUCGUGAACGCCUGGCCAAGAGACUGCUUCAUCAGCAUGACGUGGACCGCAAGAGCCGCUACUGGCACAUGGCCAAGAUUUCAAAGUGA